GGUUGAAUUGCGCCAUAUGCUCCAGUAUAGCACAAUCUGAACCUGCGUGUGCCAUGGUUCGUUCCCAACUGGACCAACCUCAGUGGGUUAACCCCGAGCAUAUCAUUUAAUCUAUGAUUCAACCAGCGUGGGGAAGCCUGGCAAUACCCCUCCAUAUCGGUACAUGGUAUAGCGUAGUUUGGUAACUGGGAACUGCAAACAGCUUUGUAUCUACCCCUCGAAUCUGGUUCUGGGGCCUUUCCCACUUGUAUCUCGCCAGCUCCAAAGCUCGAGCUAUCUUUGCAUUCAUUACAUCUCCUAGAGAUUCAUAUUCUUCUCAUUCUUUCCGUACUCAACGCUUAAAUCUCGUUGUGCACUUUAAAAUGCCAGCAAAGAGACAAAGAACCGCCAAUGGCAGCCAUGCUGUAGGCACAAAUGGCGAGGGCAAUGAUAUUGCCAAUGGCGCCCACUUCACAGCAGCUCCAGAUAUCAACGAUGACCCUGAACGAGUCAAGUUCGCAUAUUGGGUCCCCAAUGUUUCUGGAGGCUUGGUCAUUUCGAAGAUUCCCCAAAAGACUGGAUGGGAUUACGAAUCGAAUGUAAGAUAUGCUCAAACAGCUGAGAAUGUUGGUUUCGAAUUUGCCCUUUCUCAGAUUCGAUUCAUGGCAGGCUAUGGGGCAGAAAAUCAACACGAAUCUGUGUCAUUCUCCCAAGCUCUGCUUCACAAUACCAAGAAACUCAAUGUCAUCGCGGCACUACUCCCGGGUCCAUGGAACCCCGCGAUAGCAGCCAAGCAAAUCGCAAGCAUAGAUCACUACAGCAAUGGACGGAUCUCUGUCAAUGUGGUUUCUGGAUGGUUCAAGGCAGAAUUCACAAGUAUUGGACAAUGGUGGCUGGAACAUGCGGAGCGAUACAGACGCAGUCGAGAAUUCAUCGAAUGUCUUAAGGGCAUCUGGACAACUGAGAAGUUUACAUUCAAAGGCGACUUCUAUCAAUUCCACGACUACCCUCUCUCGCCAAAACCACUUUCCCUCCCAGGCCGUCCCCACCCUCUCAUCUUCCAAGGUGGAAACUCUGUCGAUGCACGUGACAACGGUGCACACGUCUCAGACUACUAUUUCAUGAACGGCAAUACUCUUGAAGGCUUCCAAGAGCAGAUCGCCGAUGUCAGAGAACGAGCUCGUGCCGUGGGUCGAGAACACGAAAUCAAGUUCGCUGUAAACGGUUUCGCUAUCGUGAAAGAAACAGAAGCAGAAGCUAUCCGAGUCCUGGAGGAAAUCCAAGGCAAAGCUGAUAAGGAAGCCGUCAACGCUUUUGGUGACGCUGUCAAGCAAGCAGGUUCUAGCACUGGAGAGAAGAAGGGGAUGUGGGCAGAGAGCAAAUUCGAGGAUUUAGUUCAGUAUAACGAUGGGUUCAAGACCAAGUUGAUAGGGACGAAAGAGCAAGUUGCUGAUCGGAUCUUGCUGUUGAAGAGUUUGGGAAUCGAUAUUGUUCUUUGCGCAUUCUUGCAUUAUGAGGAUGACAUUGAGCAUUUUGGAGAGCAAGUUUUGCCCUUGGUGAGGAUAUUGGAGAAGGAGGGAAGGGGAAAGAAUGCUGAGGAUGAGAUCAGGAGGACGGGUGAUGUGUACAGAAAGAAGAUUGCAGCAUAGAUGUUGGAUUCAAGGCUGACGGGCGCAAGCAAAAGUACCGUGCAUGAUAUAUCGAUUGGAUCGCUUGCUAGCACUUCCCAGCUUUGCGCGAUUGUGGCUUAACGCCAAUUUCUGUAUUUGGAUGCAUCGUACUUUUGUUCGGUAAUGUUUCCAAUAGGAAGUCGCAAU